CGGCGGCGGCGGCGGCGGCGGCAGCAGCAGCAGCAGCAGCGGCAGCGAGCGUCCGGAUUGAGGCGAGCAACCAACAGAGCAGCAGUGACGCCGUCGCUGACCAGGCAUCCACGUCUGGUGAGUCUUCUCUUUAUUCUUUAGCUCAUGUUUACCCUAAAUUUCUAUAAUUUAUUUUUCUAUUUGGUUUUUAGGUUUUGGGUUGCCUAACUUAAUAAUCUUUCUCUAAUUCUAUGCCCUAAUAUCUUUAAACAUAUUAUUAUUUUUUGAAAUCUGUAAACAUAUUCUGAUUGGAGGAUUGGUUGUUUGGUUUCGGCGAGGAAUCAACGAGGAGGGGAGAUCACAGGGAUGAAUAUGAUGUGUGGCUAUAGUGAUGAUGGUGCUGGAAGGGUAAUUGUUGAAGAGGACAAUGAAUCCAAUGAUGAUGGAGUACACGGAAGUGGGAGCAAUUCCCAUGAUGGCCAAAAGAUACUUGAAAGUGAGAAUUUGGAUCGACGAGAGACAACUAUUGAAGACUUACGCGUAGUCCUAACUAUAUUUUCGAUUGCUCGUCAAUACAAGUUUGACUCUGAUGAUGAUGAUGAUGAUGUGGUGACUUUUAGUGGCGGUAACAUUGUUCAUGUUUGGGAUGGAUGGGAUGCUGCUCUAAUUGUAUCUAAAAGCGGGAACGUUAAACAAGGAGUUACUCUAGAUAGUUAUAAUGAAAAGGUUCAAGAAGAAGAUGGUUCAAGGGAGAUGACUGUUAACGAAUGUAAGAAACAACAUCUUGGAAAGAGGAAGGUUAGGGGAACAUCAAAGGCCAGAGGAAGAGACUCGUGUGGCAAAAAGCACUUGCAAAUUGGUUUAUGGUCUGCUGCAAUUGGAAACCGAAAAUGCCGUGGAGAAGUAGAGAAGAUUGUAGAGGCUGUUGUAGCAUUGACUUUGAAAGGGAUGCUCCUUCUUCCUUGGGAUACGUUGGCGAAGUUACACAAUACUGUUCGGGACAGUGUGUUUGGUACUUUUGCAAAGUUUGUCUUGAGCAUUUUUGAUGUGGAUGAUUUCAAAAGAAUAUAUAAUGUACGUAAGAUCAAAAAAAAAUGUGCUGCACUCUAUUCUUCAUACCAAUCACAUCUUGAGUCCGAUGGUGGUCCUCUGAAAGCCUUUACUGAAGGGGGGAUGGAUGUAAAAGCAUUUUCUAUCCUAAGGGAACAUGAUGUUGGUGAGAUGCAACAGCGAUAUGAGAGAUACUUAUCGAUAUUUAAAGAUUAUGGGUACCAAUACGACGACUUCAAGGUUUUUCUUUGGGAUUUGGAUAUUUCCAAGGCCGAGUUGGAUAUUGUUAGCAGCCCGCGUGAUAGAGGCCUUGCAUUGGGUGAAAUGCAGAAGUAUGUGCCUUUGAAGGAAGAUUGUAAAGUGCAGCUAACUUUGGAGUUGAGGCGCGCAAGAGGUUACCAUGUUCUUGAUACUUUAUUUGUAGAGGCUUGGAAGUGUGUCAAGUUUGAGGAGUUAGUUAAUUUAGAAAAUUCUAAGCUCUCUGAAUUUGUUCAUACUUUCAAGUGUGGGCUAUUCUUCUUGGCCGAGCUCAAAAUAUCCGCGUUGCAGCGUUUUCAGGAAGCAGUUACUUUUCCUUUAUCAUGUGGUGUCUUUGGACGUUUUGCGGAUGAGGUUAUCGAAGUAGUUCAGAUUGCUGAUCAUGAAAGAAGAAUGCGGGAUCACCGUUUCAUCAAUCUAAAACAUAUUUUGUUUGGCCUCUCUCUAUCUAGAGUUGGUGAGACUGUCCGGAGGAUCCUCAAUGAUAGACCGCUAAACUGUUUGGCUCUGAAGCCUGUGAAAGUUCCUAUAUACAUCAUUUACAAGUUAUCGGGGGAUGUGGCGAGUGUUUAUGGAGAUGAGAUGGUACGACUUGAGCAUUUGGCUUUCGUAAUCGUCUCAGCGAAAUUGGAAAACAAUUGUCCGAAUGAGUGGACUUACGUGGCCAGUGAUGACAACAACAAAAGGGAUGCUGAACUCUUAGGAAUUUUGAGAAAAGCCAACGGCAAGUGUCCUGUGAAUAGCUGGAAGGAUGACCGCUUGAAGUGUCUGCCAGAAGAAUGUUUUGAGCGAGAACGCGUGACUUGUAACAGUGUUUCUGAGGUGAAAGCACUGAUCCAUGCUUUUGGGACUGGCUUGAGGUUGCCUGAAAUUCGCUAGAGUACAUGAUAUGGGAAUAUUAUGUAAAAUUCUGCACUAGUUAUAUUUACAGGAAGUGGAUUUUAAGUGAUGAGUUUAGCAACCAUGCUUUUAGUAGAGCAUAUUAUGGUUUUAAAUUAAACUUUGUAAAUUGUUUGGAAAUGAUGUCAAAAUCAUUAGCUCUAGCUUUCUUGAUA